AAAAAACCAUCCUCCAAACCGCUCAAUUCCCAAAUUCCGUGCUUAAAAGCUUUCAACUUCCUCUAAACAAAAAAACGUGUCUGUGUUAUUUUUUCUGACUAAGCGAGUAAACAGAAAAAAAUGACUAGCGUAACGGAAACAGAGCGAGACAACUACAGCAUGAUAAAUUUCGAAGAAACAGAGUUACGACUCGGUCUUCCUGGUGGCUCAGCGAGUGAACACAGCGAGUCACCUAUUAAAACCAGUGGUGGAAAGAGAGGUUUCUCAGAAACCUCUAAUGUUGAUUUGAAGCUUAAUCUUUCUCCCACUAAUGAUUCUGUUUCACCUUCCUCAACUAUACCUCUUGUACCUGCAAACAAAGUUAAAGACAAAACUUCUACUACUGCGCCUCCUCGCGCUAAGGCACAAGUUGUGGGUUGGCCACCAGUUCGAUCCUUCAGAAAGAACAUAGUGAAUGUUCAAAAGAGCAACAAUGAAGUAGAAGCAGAGAAGAAGACUAGUGGUAGUGGUGGUGGGAAUGGAGCGUUUGUGAAGGUGAGCAUGGAUGGAGCACCUUAUCUACGCAAGGUGGACCUCAAAUUGUACAAAAGCUACCAAGAGCUGUCAGAUGCGCUGGCUAAAAUGUUUAGUUCCUUCACAAUUGGUAAUUGUGGGUCCCAAGUUACCAAAGACUUCAUGAAUGAGAGUAAAUUGAUUGACCUUUUGAACGGUUCUGAUUAUGUACCAACAUAUGAAGACAAAGAUGGUGAUUGGAUGCUUGUUGGUGAUGUGCCUUGGGAAAUGUUUGUUGGAUCAUGCAAGCGCCUCCGCAUAAUGAAAGGUUCUGAGGCAAUUGGCCUAGCACCAAGGGCAGUGGAAAAGUGCAAGAACAGAAGCUGAAACCCCUGUCAUGUUCCGACAAAAUAUUCUACUUCUUGUUGAUCAUCGAUCAGCGUCCCAAGGAAGCAAAUUUGGCUCGAGUAAGGUCGAGGCUAGUAUAGGAAUAAGAGUUUUUAAUUAUAUUAUUAUUAUUAUUAUUGUAAUGUGUCUGUGCUAUCUUUUUGUAUUUUUUUCUUCCUAUAUGUGUAUUAUAUGAACGAUAAAAUAGUUGGAAAUUCAUUAGGGACAAGAAAUGAUAUAGAAGAUGUUUAUAUGACCCAGUUUUUGUUUCAAAGGGAAAAAAUAUGUGACUCUGUCUAUUGCCAGCGUGUGCUUGACUAAUAAUUAAUAAUGUCAAUGUUUCCAAUUAUAUUUA